CCCCAACUGAACUGUCCUGCAGCUUGCGAACACCGAUUCAUUGCCUUGCCCUCCACCCUCUGCCCUUGUAUCAUUCAAUUUAUCACCCGCAGAACGAGAUACACAUUGCCGCAUAUCUUGUUUUCUCUGUAUUUGACCGAAGAUGUCACGACGUUACGAUUCAAGGACAACCAUUUUCUCCCCUGAGGGACGACUCUACCAGGUGGAGUAUGCCCUUGAAGCUAUUUCACAUGCCGGUACAGCUCUGGGGAUCCUCGCCAAGGAUGGAAUUGUUCUCGCUGCGGAGAAGAAGGUGACGAGCAAGCUGCUCGAGCAAGACACAUCCGCCGAGAAGCUUUACACAUUGAACGAUAACAUGAUCUGUGCCGUUGCCGGUAUGACCGCCGAUGCGAACAUCCUCAUCAACUACGCCCGACAAGCCGCUCAACGCUACCUUCUCACCUAUGGCGAGGAAAUUCCCUGCGAGCAACUCGUUCGCAGACUUUGCGAUCUUAAGCAAGGAUAUACCCAGCACGGUGGUCUCCGUCCGUUCGGUGUCUCGUUCAUCUACGCAGGCUACGAUCCCCUCCGCGAGUUCCAGUUGUACCAGAGUAACCCUAGCGGGAACUACGGCGGAUGGAAGGCGACCAGUGUCGGAGCGAACAACGCAAGCGCACAGAGUCUUUUGAAGCAGGAUUAUAAGGAGGAUUGCGAUCUGAAGGAGGCAUGUGCCAUGGCCGUCAAGGUGCUGAGCAAGACGAUGGAUUCGACAAAAUUGAGCAGUGAAAAGAUCGAAUUUGCAACUGUUGGCAAGACAAAGGAAGGAAAGAUCUACCACCACCUAUGGAAUGCCGACGAGAUCAAUGCCCUGCUGAAGGAGCAUGGACUAGCCAAGGUCGACGACGAGCCCGAGGCUGGUGAUAUAAAAUAAAUAGAGUUGCGCGCUCCCGCUCUUGCUUGACCUAGAUAAUGCAACCUACUUCGUUGACGAUUUCAACCCAAACAAUUGUCGCCGAGAGUACAUGGUCUCCAGACUCUAGACACGUAUAUCCUUGAUCAUUUAGCACCGUGCCGGGAACAAGGCCAUUCAGGUCGUAUAUGUCGCCUGCUCCAGCUGCAUCUGAAGCGCAACCAGCGUUGCCCACUGGUGACGUGGCAGAGCAGCGACAUCAAAAUGAGCGCCAAACAAUAUGAUUCGCAUGUUUACUCUUUGAUCCCCCCAUUGAUUGAUUAGACACCUCUGGAUUCUUUUAGAUUAAUGGUCCACGUAGUUUGUGCCCUGUUACGUAGGGCCUGGUAUGCUUGAAGUGCUGCACUCUGUAUGAUGAUUUGGAUCAUCUUUGAGCAGCCACCCACGGCUAUAUAUUUCGACGACAUCACCCAGUCUGGCUCAGCCUGGACACCUAUAGCCGUGGAUGCUUCUACUACCCAUCCCCUCUGCAGGCAUCAUACAAAAGUGAUUUGAAAUUCACCGACUCCGAAAAUGCUCCUAUGAGUUGCAGUGAUUUCUUGAGGGAGAAGGAGGCGUCCUCAAAGUAGGGCAUCUGACAGGAGGGUAAGUCGGAUUCUCUGGCUCCAGCUGUGCUCUCGCACGGCUUCCUCAACCUUCCUUCAGUCAUGUUAAACUUUCUUCACGCCUGCGAGUAAUUUGAUUAAACUCAUGAUGAUCUCAGUAACUAAUGGCGUGGCAUGCAGAUGGCACAACUUCAGGCCUCAACGUGGAACGCUUGACUAAGCAUCCCAUGUCAUGUGGCCACAUACCUGCGGGGUGACCAACAACUGCAUGAGCAACAUCCUUCUGCAACUCUUCCGGAUUGUUCAUGGAAAGG